UCUCGUCACGUGACCAGGUUAGUUAACGAAGCCGAAAUCGGCCAGAUACGCGACGAUCUCCUAAAAAUGAUCGUGAUCUGCUGGAAAAAUCAGUCCGACACAACCAUGACGAGCAGACGACCCUCGGCGGUAUGGCUCACUUAAACGAGCUGUGUCUUUUAGAGCGUUUUCGUGUUUCUUGUUGGUGGCUGACACAGUUACUGGGACGCGACAGCAGAUCAGUGGAAGCGGACUGAGACAAAGGGAAAGGCUUUCAUAGCUAGAAUGCUUCGGGCCUAAAAGAAGCCAAGAGGAAAUACAGCAGCGACGACUGAAGUGGGAAAGCUGCCGAUCAAGAAACUGUGCCUCAAAGUGGACGCUACUAAACAAGAGGGAGCCAUUGCUGGGAAGAACCAUCGAGUUGUCUGGAAUUUUCUCUCUCAAUCCUCUUGCAAUGGUUCAUUGGUUGAGGCCAUGGCCUCUCAGUCAGGCAACAUGAACCGUGAAGACCGGAAUAUGCUCCGUAUGAAAGAAAGGGAAAGGAGAAAUCAAGAAAUCCAGCAGGGAGGAGAGGCCUUUCCAGCUAACUCUCCCCUCUUUCCUGAACCUUAUAAAUCCUCAAAGGAAGAUAAACUCUCAAGUCGCAUCCAGAGCAUGCUGGGAAAUUACGACGAGAUGAAGGAAACCAUCGGUGAACCCCCAAUGUCCAAACUCAUUCCCAAAGCCUCCAGCUCCUCCUCGGACGAUAAAUCCGGCCAGUACGCUGACCAGCGUAGCGGAGGCACCCAGAGUCAGAACAGUAAAUGGACUCCAGUCGGCGGCAUCUCUUCCACAUCCUGCUCGUCGACCUCAACUUCCUCCUCCUCGCAGAAGCGCUCAUCAGUGCAGGGCAGCCACGGCAGCAGUCAGCGCAGCGGUGGUCAGCGGCACGAGCGAGACUACAGCAGCAGCAGCAAGAAGUCCAGCAAGCACGGCUCCGAGCACAAAUCCCACUCCAGCCCGGCCAAGGGCCCCAUGAGCUCCGGCGGACACUCGCGCGGCCGCACCAAGUCGCCCAGGGACAGAGAAGCCAACUGGGACUCGCCCUCAAGAGUUCAUUCCUUCUCCAGCGGACAGCAUCCCAGCCAGAGCUUCCCGCCCUCGCUCAUCAAACCCAGCUCCAUGCUCCAAAAACCCACCGCCUAUGUGCGGCCCAUGGAUGACCGGGAAACAGCCGAGCCCAAGACCUCCUCGGAGUCGUACAGCGGUCAAUCACACAGCAGCGCUGUGGGAGAAAUGAAGCCCAAUGGCAAGGCUUCCCUCACCAAGCUCAAGAUCCCAACGCAGCCUGUCGAUGUUUCAGUGGGAGCAGAUGCGAGCUGUGUUGAUGAAAUAUUAAAGGAAAUGACUCAGGUCUGGCCUCCUCCACUAACAGCCAUUCACACGCCCUGCAAGACAGAGCUGUCAAAGUUUCCUUUCUCCACCUCCAAGGAUGCCCAGCACCUGUCUUUUGGGGCCCAAAAAAAACUCUCAGGAAAGAGCGCAUCCACCAGUCAGCCGUCUAAGCCCUCCGACAACGAGCAGUCCAACACACUGCAUGAAGAUCUGAAGCUCAGCAGCAGCGAAGACAGUGACGGAGAGCAAGAUCCUGCCAAAAACCCCUCGACAAGUAACAACAGUAAUAACAGCGAGGCUCCUGAACAAGUGGACACCAGCAGUCACAGCGGUUCGGAGAGCAGCUCCGGUUCUGACAGCGAGAGCGAGAGCAGCUCUACAGACAGUGAGAACAACGAGCCACCUCGUCCUGCGUCACCCGAGCGGGAACAGCCCACGGCUAACAAAUGGCAGCUGGACAACUGGUUCAAGAAAGUCAACAAGUCGUCCCCUGCUUCUCCGGUGGAGAACAGCAGCACGACGCCAACAAAGUAUAAGAAAGAGGGGCGAGGAGAAAACUCCAGCAGGGUCUACAGUGGCUCGGGUUCAAAAGACGCGGUGCCCUCUGCCGGGCGAGACCUUCGGCCAAACCAGAAGGGGCAAGACAGGCGAAGUCAGAGGUCUCCCGCUCAGAGCGAGGGGGGAAGUCAGAAGGGGCGGCGACUGGAGGUGGGCAAGAAGCAGCCUAAAAAGCCAGACAAGCCGCCUGUGGUGGAGGAGCCAAAGGGUGGGCUCAAGGUGGAGACUGAACCCUCGCCCGAGAUCCCGUCGCACAGAGUCCGUGCUCCCAACAAGGGCCUCCGCAAGCCCAACAUCAAGAAGGAGCCCAAAACCUCCUCCCCUCGCCCGGCUCAAGACAAACGCAAGAAACCGGCCAGCAAGUUGAGCGAGUUCAUAGAAUCCGAUUCGUCAUCGUCGGACUCGGAGGGCAACGAAAGCGUCCCCUCGUCUUCACAGACGCCGAGAGAGCAGUAUGCAGAGAACCCGUCUGUCCUGUUCUCGCCUAUGCUUUCCCCGCUGAGCGAUCAAGAAGGGAGGCUGCCGCCCAGACUGCUGGUGCAGAUCGACCUCAGUCUGCUGUCCAGAGUGCCUGGUCGAGUCUACAAGGAAACCGAGGUGAAAGCGGAGAGGGGCUCCCCUGCUGAAGGAAAAGACUUGCAGAAACAGCCGGGAGAAAAGGGAGCCAGCAAGGGGAAGAGAAAACACAAGAAUGAUGACGAUGGUCUCAAACCAGACGGUAAGAAGUCCAAACAGGAUGAAAAGUCGUCACACAAAUCGAGCAGUAAAGACUCGUCUAAGCGUGCUCAGGACAAAGAGAAGGAGUCUGCGCCCUCUCCUUCGAUUACGCUGCAGCGGACGCCCAAAUCAGAGCACCAGGGCCGCAAGCGGACGCUCAGCCAGUCCUCCGCCUCUGUGCCCAGCAGCGGCAGCAGCAAGAGCAGCUCCAACUCCAAACACCGCAAAGGCGACGACAAGCCCCUACGCAGGGAUGCCAGGGAGAAAAGCUCUAAAGCAGAGAAUCCCAUUGCAGUGCCGCCCCUCUCUGAUGGCUCUAAAUCUAGAUCCAAACUCCUCUUUGAGGACAGGGUUCAUUCGGCUGAUCAUUACCUCCAAGAAGCGAAGAAACUGAAACACAACGCAGAUGCUCUGAUGGACAGGUUUGAGAAGGCCGUGUAUUAUCUGGAUGCUGUGGUGUCUUUCAUCGAGUGUGGAAACGCCCUGGAGAAAAGCGCCCAGGAGGCCAAAUCACCCUUCCCCAUGUACGCAGAAACCGUGGAACUCAUCAAGUACACUAUGAAGCUGAAGAGCUACCUGGCGCCGGAUGCAACCUCUGCAGACAAAAGGCUAGCGGUGCUGUGCCUGAGGUGCCAAGCGCUCCUGUAUUUGAGGCUCUUCAAGCUACGCAAAGAAAGUGCACUGAAAUACUCUAAAACGCUCACUGAACACUUGAAGAAUUCGUUGAGUAAUAACCAAGCGCCAUCUCCUGGAGUAGCAAAUAAAACGGCGGGAAUGCCGUCUCCGGUCUCUCCUAAACUGUCUCCUGGCAGUGCGGGCAGCUACUCCUCCAGCAGCUCCAGCCAGAGCACCAGCUCCUCCGUCACCAUCCCCCAGCGCAUCCACCAGAUGGCAGCCAGCUACGUCCAGGUCACCUCCAACUUCCUCUACGCCAUCGAGGUGUGGGAGCAGGCCGAACAGCUCGCCAAAGAGCAGAGAGAGUUCUUCUCCGAACUGGACAAGGCUAUGGGCCCGCUCAUCUUCAACACCAGCAGCAUGACUGACCUGGUGCGAUUCACGCGGCAGGGCCUGCACUGGCUACGACUGGACGCCAAGCUCGUACAGUAGAGCGGCCCUAUCCAUAGCCCCUCUAUGCCUACGCAAAACCCUCACACACUCGAUCUGCCUCAGACAUCUCUGUGACACUGUGUUCAUCUCUACACCAGCUUGCCAAAAAUGGAAACACUCAGUGCCCCGCCCCUCCACCACAGACCCUAUGAAUAUUCAUGAGAGGGGAGGCGGCCAAUCCACACGACUGUCAGAGCGCUCAUACACUGCAUCGUCCGGCUCAUAUCAUCGGCUUGUUUAGCUAAAAAAAAAAGCCUGCUUUCUUACUUUGACUGUCUUUUUGGUUUAUUUUCUGCUAGCUAUAAGCAAACAAGAAUAAUAAUUGGAUGUUUAUAGCUUUUUAUUUCAACCAAAGUACCUCCCUUUAACCAAAGGUGCUUUAAAAUUGAGGUUUUCUCCUUUUAUCAUUUUAUUGUGCCUUGUAUUUGAUAUACAGGAAACCGAGAGACACAAUAUCUUGAAAGGUUCGACUUGUACGCAGGGUGUGGAUUGCCAAAGGCUUGUAAAACGAGAAGCAGAAAGAGCAUCAUGCACUCAGCAGAUAAUGAAUGCAGUGCUGACUGAUCG